CGAACACAGCACCUCUAGUCCACGCCCGCACGCCCCGCGACGUCCUGACGUCAGUGCGUCUCUGCGCUGAGAAGGGAAGAGGUCACGUGAGUGAAAGCCAAUCCUCUUUUUGAGUACUGGGGCGCCAGGGCACUGUAGUAGACGUUGCCUUUCGGUGUGCAGUAAGCCCAGUGCCGGUUGUCUCUCUUCUUCCCCACGACGGCCCCCGGCCCCCGGCCCCCGUGGAGUCUGACCUUUUAGGUCCCCGAGCCACCUCGGGAAUUCCAGAUGGACGAUCACUCUAGAGCUCGCUGGUGGGGAGUGGUGGAGCUGCUGAGGCACCAGGAGCCCGAGUCCCGAGCCUGAUGUGCGGGUCUCUUCAGCCCUCCCUAGGUGUCGUUGAGGACCCCAGGUUUAGGUCGUGGAACCUAAAGAUGCUAAUUUGCGGAACUUGCUUCCUACCUAAUGGCAGAAUGGAUGUCAAACCUGGGACAAUUUGACACUGACUUUUACCAAUCUAAUUAUACCAUUGAUAAUCAGGAGCAAAGUUAUAAUGAUUCUAAUGCCUAUGGAAAUCUUUAUGGAUCAAGAGAACAGCAAGCCAGUAAGCAGCCUCAGCCUGACCCUCUUGUUCCUCCAGAGAUGCUCAUGCCGUCAGGUUAUGCAGGACAAUUUUUUCAGCCAGGAUCCAACUCGGAUUAUUAUUCACAAUCUCCUUACAUUGACAGUUUUGAUGAAGAGCCUCCUUUGCUAGAAGAUAAGUUAAGGAAGUAACUUGGAAUCAAUUUUGAUCAUAUAUGGCAAAAAACCUUGACGGUGUUAAACCCAAUGAAGCCAGCAGAUGGCAGCAUUAUGAAUGAAACUGAUCUCACAGGACCCAUCCUUUUUUGUAUAGCCCUGGGAGCCACCCUGCUUCUGGCAGGAAAAGUUCAAUUUGGUUACGUGUAUGGCAUGAGUGCCAUUGGCUGCCUUGGGAUUCAUGCCUUACUGAACUUGAUGAGCUCUGCAGGGGUGUCAUAUGGCUGUGUGGCCAGUGUGCUAGGUUACUGCCUGCUUCCCAUGGUCAUCCUGUCCAGCUGUGCCAUCUUCUUUUCAUUACAGGGCACCUUUGGAACCCUGUCAGCCCUGAUCGUCAUUGGCUGGUGUAGUCUCUCAGCCUCUAAGAUCUUCAUUUCGGCCUUGGACAUGGAAGGACAGCAGCUUCUCAUUGCCUAUCCUUGUGCCUUACUUUAUGGACUUUUCGCCCUCCUCACAGUCUUCUGAAGAAUGGUACCCCUGUGAAUCCAGUGAGAACACGGGACCCUUAUUGUAUCCUGUUAUUUCCUCAUGUAUGAACCAUCUCAAGGGACUGCCUAUCCAUGUAAGUAUGUCCUGUACCUCAUCCUCAAGUUCUUUGGUGACUGGAGCAGCUUUUGAUUGCCCUCCAUUUGGCAUCUGGAUGCUGCUGUUUUUAAAAAAUUGUUCCAUCUUAAAAGAAAACUCUCACUAGGAUUCUUUGUUCCUCGGUUUCUUCCUUUUCUUUCACUACUCUUCUUCCAUCCUGGGACAUCUCCCCAGGACAGAUAUCAUGAUGUCUGUACUGUCCACAGCAGAGUUGUGGUAGGGCAGAGGAAUAGGUUGUCAUGAGACCACAGAAGACAUCUGGAGAUGGAAUGUGGGGCCUAAGGUUUGUUGAAAAACGCUUUCAAGGAAGGUCAAGUGGCAAGUGAAUGGGCAAGUAGCACCUCAGUUUCCUCCAGUGCUCUGCUAGAAAUUAAUAAUUUCAUUCCUCACAUUGGUGAUCUGGUGGUGGCCUGUUGGAUAAAAACUUAUCCUCUCCACAGUGCUCUGCUCUGUAGCAGUUACCAUUGGGAACAGAGUUUUCUACCUUAUAUAAAAGGUGACAGAAGCAGUGACAUUAUUAGCUUGGUUUGAUUUGUCCCAUUGUAUGACUAGUAUUCCAAGGAACUUGGUGUGUACCUUAGAAAGAAACUUUCUACAUAUCUUAGUGUCCAUGAGAAACAGCUGAUGUCCUUCAAGACAAUGUUUUUCUGGACAUUCUGCCCUGACAAGCUCCUAUUGUUCCCUUAACUUGGCUGUGUUCUUGGGAAUGGAGGAAGGUAUCUCAAGAACCUCGUGUUUUUCCUCCCAGGAUGACACAGUGUCUCAGACUCUCAACUUCCUACGCCCUUUGCCUUCAGCCAACUUGCUUUGUGAAGUGGCGUAUAACCUCCGAUGCAUACAGAUUCCUGGUUUUCUUAUUUCUUACUGGGUCUGAUGGGAAACUGCUGGAAAGUGAGAGAAUUACAUUAUUAUACAGAAGAGUUUGGCUUCAAAUUAAUUAACUCAAAAUAACAAAUAGAUUCUCUAAGCAAUUAAGAUUUUAUAAAACUGAAACAUUAAUUAUAGACCUUAUAAGCAAGCAAACAACAAACAAAAAUCAUGGUGAAAAAAGGCUCGUAUACAAUUAUUCAGAAUGGCUACUAACAUUUUGGUGUUCUUCUUUCCACUUAUUUCUAUGUAUACAACAGCAAGAAUGUGCAUGUUCUGGGCUGGGACUAUGGUUCAGUGGUAGAGUGCUUGGAUUCAGUCCUCAGCACCACAUAAAAAUAAAUAAAUAAAUAAAUAGUGUCCGUCUACAACUAAAAAAAAAUAUUUAAGGGCUGGGGUUGUGGCUUAGCGGUACAGCGCUCUCCUUGCACGUGUGAGGCCCUGGAUCCUCAGCACCACAUAAAAAUAAACAAGUAAAAUAAAAGUAUUGUGGCCAAUUACAACUAAAAAAUAAAUAUUUUAAAAAAUUAGUUUAAAAAAGAAUAAAAAGAAAGCGCAUGUUCAUUUAUGAAAUGCCCCUUAAUAUUGUAAAAUGCACUUUGUAUCACAGAAUUUAUUUUCCACAUCUAAUUUAUAUUUUUCUCCUUUUUCAGACAAGUUCAAUUUAUUUUUAACUUUCCCGUACUGGUGGAUAUCUAGAUUGUUGUGGACCGUCAACUGUAACUCUUUAUUUAGAAUUAAGAAACUAAAGAAAAUAACAGUGUAAGGUUCUUGAUGUACUUUGACCAUCUAUGAGAAGAGAUAAAGAUAAAUUCCAGUAUAAAUAACUGUUUUUUCCUGUACUUGACACACUGAUUAGCUUAUAUAAAAGUUAUACUAACAGCAUUUACAAGUGACCAAAAAUGUUUUUUUUAAGUGACAAAAAAUGGUGUGUUUGAUCUGAUUACUAAUAGGAUUAAACUUUUAAUUUUAUAA